AUGGCUCAUUUCUACCGAAUGAGCAUGAAGCGACAACCACAGCGACUCCUCAACCAGAACAUCUACAUACUAUCUAGCGAUGAGAUACAUGACCAGUCAUCUCGACUGCCAUUUCGGCGCCUCAUCGCUGCGUAUCUCUGUCUUUCAAUCAUCUACUUCACCUCUUCGCUCGACAUCAACUCCGUUGCUCUGGCUCUCCCAAUUAUCGCCCGUGACCUUGGCGCUGGCAGCAGCAUUACCUGGACUGGAACGGCCUAUUUGAUGGGUCAGGCCGCUUUCCAGCCACUUUACGGUCGUCUAUCUGAUAUUUUCGGCCGGAAACCAGUCUUGAUGCUCUCUGUUGGGUUUCUUGUCUUUGGUGACAUCCUAUGUGCCAAUUCCCACUCCCCUGUCUGGCUCUAUGCGUGUCGUGCUAUAAGUGGCAUUGGCGGUGGUGGCAUCAGUUCUAUCAUAGCAAUCAUUGUCAGCGAUCUCGUGAGUCUUAAAGACAGGGGCAAAUACCAGGGAAUGCUCAAUGCUUCCAUCGGCGCUGGAUCAGCUAUAGGGCCAUUCCUCGCAGCAGCUCUGAUACAGAAGACAAAAAUCGCUGGAAUUUCGAGUUGGAGAUGGAUCUUCUAUAUUCCCCCGGUCCUAGCAUGCAUUUCUGCUGUAGCUUCGAUGGCUUUUCUACCACUGACGUCUGUUAGUGGAAGUUGGAGGGCCAAAGCAAGACAAAUCGACUGGAUGGGCCUCGCAACAUCUCUGGUAGCGACUAUUUGCAUCUUGAUUCCUCUCAAUCUGGGCGGAACGUCCUGGCCAUGGCGCAGCCCUGAAGUAAUCACCCUAAUGAUCAUGGGCGGCGUUGCAGUGGCUGCUUUUACUGUCAUCGAAAAAAGGUACGCGCGAAUCCCUCUAAUCCCUCUUCGGCUUUUCACAAACAGGGCCACUGCCAUUCUCCUUAUCCAGAGCGCUCUGUACAACGUUGUAUGGCAAGUGGAGAUGUAUUUUAUGCCUGCAUAUUUUCAAGAAGUUCGAGGGUUCAGUCCCCUGCAGACAUCUGCGCUGAUGCUGCCUAUUCUUCUAUUUUCGAGCAUUUCUGGCAUCCUGUCUGGCCCAGCCAUGACCAUUUUUGGCAGUUACGACUAUAUCUACCAUCCGGGUAUAGUCUUGUGGCUGCUAGGUGUCUGCUUGAAGAUGAUGUUUGGCCAAACCACAAGUGUUGGGGUUUACUUGGCCGCCUUACUAGUUGAGGGCUGGGGUAUUGGGUGUGUUUUUCAGCCAGGUCUCGUUGCCCUGCAUGCACAUUGUCCAUCCAAAGACCGUGCGGCUGCGACCUCGACACGGAAUCUCUUCCGAAUGCUCGGCUCAGUCAUUGGUAUGACAAUCGCAACUGCUUUGCAGACUGCCGUCACUCAAUCAGCUCUACCUGCCAAUAUCCCAGCUUCAGUGAUCUCGCAAGUGAUGAAGGGAACGUGGCGAUCUGGGACUGCAUCAUGGGACCAAGACAUAUCCAAUGCCAAGUUCAAGGGGUUCCAAGCGGUUUUUGGCCUGGAAAUUCCAUUCAUGGCACUCUGCUUACUUGGCUGCUUUGGAAUACCCAGCGCACCAUUAGGAGGGGAUAACGAGGCUUCAGAAAGGAGCACUAGAUGA